GUGCGUAUAGCUGCAAAAUUCAUCACUCAUGCACCCCCUGGAGAAUUCAAUGAAGUGUUCAAUGAUGUCCGGUUAUUGCUUAACAAUGACAAUCUUCUCAGGGAAGGAGCAGCACAUGCAUUUGCCCAGUAUAACAUGGAUCAGUUCACUCCGGUGAAGAUAGAAGGGUACGAUGAUCAGGUCUUAAUCACAGAACAUGGUGAUCUGGGCAAUGGCAGAUUUUUAGACCCAAGAAACAAACUUUCUUUUAAGUUUGACCAUUUAAGGAAAGAAGCCAGUGACCCCCAGCCUGAGAACACAGAACCAGCUUUAAAGCAAUGGAGAGAUGCCUGUGACAGCGCAUUGAGAGCUUACGUGAAAGAUCAUUACCCCAAUGGCUUCUGUACUGUUUACGGUAAAUCUAUAGAUGGCCAGCAAACAAUUAUUGCCUGUAUUGAGAGCCACCAGUUCCAGCCCAAAAACUUCUGGAAUGGUCGUUGGAGAUCAGAAUGGAAGUUUACCAUCACACCACCAACAGCCCAAGUGGCUGCAGUGCUCAAGAUCCAGGUCCAUUAUUAUGAAGACGGCAAUGUUCAACUGGUUAGUCAUAAAGAUAUCCAGGACUCUGUACAGGUUUCAAGCGAUGUCCAGACAGCUAAGGAGUUUAUUAAGAUAAUAGAAAAUGCAGAAAACGAGUACCAGACAGCAAUCAGUGAGAACUACCAGACUAUGUCAGACACCACUUUCAAAGCCUUGCGCCGGCAGCUACCUGUCACCCGCACCAAGAUCGACUGGAACAAAAUCCUCAGCUACAAGAUUGGCAAAGAAAUGCAGAAUGCUUAAUGCGGAAAGAAGGAGAUUUACGAAAUGUUUGUGUGCAAAAACAAAUGUGGUCCUAUGCCAAGUAGAUGGUUUCUAAACCAGUGCAGCAUUUUUCUAGGGCUUUCAAAGUUAACAAGUUUUCUAGCCCCAGACAGAACUUGUAGAACAAAUAGCCUUGUCUUUGUUUUGUGUUUCUUGCCACAUAAACUUCCUCUUGUGACUGCAUUUACUGAUAGGUCAUUUUAAUUAAGCCACAUUCAUGAUUCAGAACUGAAGCUGUUUUCAAUCACUGAUUGUACUGGUUGGAAAACUUCCUAGCUGGAAAAGCCCUACUAUAAAUACAGCUGAGGGUGCAGAGCAUUCCCUUUACCCGCAUACAGCUCUCCAGGUACUACAGUAAGUUUGUCAAGUCUGCCAACAGCUCAAGGCACUAUGCUGCAAGAUAUAAUAAAAGCGAAAGACAGCGAGUCCUCAUAUAUCCUUAUUCCUGACCUCCACAGAGUAAAAAGCCUGCAGGCUUUGAUUUUACUAUAUGAGUUUACAAGAUCCUUUACAGGAAUCCCUACACAGCCAGCUCUU